AUGCUGGGUUUGGGCCAAUCUGCUCAAGCAUAUGCAAGUGAUGAUGCUCUCAAUAUGAACCAGGCAAAGGAUAAAACGUACAGCGUUCCAGGGUGUGGCAGGGCAAGCGACCUCAAAUAUCCUCAUCGUGACGGACACUCUUCGUCUCACGAACAGCGCUCUGGAAUUUUACCAACUGAAUGCCCAGGCCCUACUUUAAACACCGGUGCCGGUAGCAUCGGUAUCCCGGGAUGUGGCAAAGUCACAAAUAGAGUGGUCAGUGACUAUAACAAAAACGCUAGGUCUACGCUAGCCAAUUUUGAUAGUAGUAAAAUGACCGAGGCAAGAAUGAACAGCAAGAACGUGCCGAUUGGUUGUCAAGACACCUCUGAUCCGCACUUCAAUGGGCCUAUCGACCAACAUGUUCCCGGUGCAGGUUCACCUCAAAGUCAACCUCAUCACAUCGACGCGUGGAACAGCGUUUCUUCUCGCCGUGCCGAUAAUAACAACCAAGACAUGAUGGACCCCCAAACGGCUUCCUCAGACAGGUACAAUGAGAAAAUGAUGAGAGAAGAAAAUAGCGGCGUCUCUGCUUCUUCUUACACCACUAAAGUGCAGGGAUAUCCCGCAAGUAUUCCAUCAUUCAAUCAGGAAACUGAGGAAAAGGAAACCUACGCCUACGGUGUGGGUGAUCGGCACAAUGUCCCAAGAAACCAAAUUAUGGAUGAGACUAAUCCUUCGGCUAACGUUCUAAACGCUACUGAUCAUAGUAUUUCGCACCCUGAGAAUAAGGUCUUGCAUAAGUAG